UGCUCCAAAAACAGGGUUGAAGACCUGAAACUCCAACGUCAAAUGCUUCAAAUUCUCUUUACAUAUAAUUAUACCAACGUGCUACUGUUCCUUUUCUCUUCUUCUUCUUCUAAAUCAGUUCUUGUUCCAAUUUUUUAACGAUAUCCCACCAACAACAAGUUAAAAAGGGGAAGAGCCCACAAAAAACUUGUCGUUUUUGAUUGGGGUUUAGUCAAAAUCUUGGUACCAAACCACAACAGUGACUUUGAUGUCUUUUGGGCCUAUUUUAUGUUGUCUUGUUCCGGGUUUCUUCAAGGCUGCACUCUAUGAUCAAAGUUGAGUGGGAGAGUGAUUGUGAUUGUGGGGUGGAUAUAAUUUUGCAUCUUGCAAGUGUAGGAGGAGGAUAAAGAGCAGAGUGUUUUCAGCAGACUGUUUCUUGCUUGUGGGGAUUUUGUGUUUUGUUGCUCGGGAGACUGAAGGAUAGUUCAGAAUUUUGGUUGGUCAAGGAUAAGGACUUUCUAGCUACUAUUUCAGUCGCUCCGUCAUGGAGACAAUGACUGCAACUGCUUCGAUGCCCUUUCCUCGUGAGCCAGCAAAUUAUGACGAGGUCUCUAUGCAGCAAAGUAUGCUAUUUUCUGAUAGUCUGAAGGAUUUGAAGAACCUUAGGAAACAGCUUUACUCAGCUGCAGAAUACUUCGAGUUGUCUUACACUAAUGACGACCAAAAGCAUAUAGUGGUGAAUACAUUGAAAGAUUAUGCCAUUAAAGCUCUUGUCAAUACGGUGGACCAUUUGGGUUCAGUUACCUAUAAGGUCAAUGAUUUGUUGGAUGAAAAAGUUGAUGAAGUUUCGGGAACGGAACUCCGUGUCUCUUGCAUUGAGCAGAGGUUGCGGACAUGCCAGGAGUAUAUUGAUCGUGAAGGUAUUUCUCAGCAGUCGUUGGUCAUAAACACUCCCAAUUACCAUAAACGAUACAUCUUGCCAGUGGGAGAGACUAUGCAUGGAGCUGUUCGCACCAAAUCAAAGUACCAAGGAUGCAGCCUAGAUGAUGGAGACGAGUGGCAUCAAUUUAAGAAUGCUAUUCGAGCUACAAUCCGAGAAACUCCACCACCCUCUAUACUCGGUAAAGGGCGCUCUCCUUCACCGUCACCAAAACUUGCCCAGCAACCGGGGAACUUUUCAUUCUCUGGCAACAUCCCGAAGAAAGAUUUAGAAAGGAGAACAGUGUCACCGCACCGGUUUCCACUUUUACGAUCGGGCUCCCUCUCCAGUAAGCCUACAACUCCAAGAAGUUCAAAUCCUAGUACCCCAAAUCGAAGCCGGCCAACCACCCCAAAUCCAUCUCUAGGAAGGCAACCUUAUAUUUCUGAACCUCGAAAGUCAGCUUCAAUGCGCAUUCGUGUUGAGAAAGAAAGUCCCAAAGACAGCGGUGAACAAUACCCCAGCAAAAGUAAACGUCUGCUGAAAGCUUUGCUCAGUCGACGCAAGUCAAAGAAAGAUGAUAUGUUGUAUACUUAUCUGGAUGAAUACUGAUGGAAAUCAGGGGGUGAUAGAGAGAAGAGCUGCAGGGAAGGUGUCCUUUAGACCACCUUUGCCAACACCCUGUCUUUCUUUCAGGAGAUUCUUUGGAAGAGUUAUACCAUUUUGUUUUCCUCUUUUGGCCUCAAUUUCACAUCCCAUUUUGAUGGUAUUUUUAUGAUAACUGUAAUCUAUAAGAAACAUAUUUCUUAAUAUUAAUGCAAACUUUACAAGA